AAUGUUUUAAAAAUGUGCAAAACAAAUUCAACGCUCGAAGGCAAAGUUGUGCUGAUAACAGGAGGUGCGUCCGGUAUUGGAUAUGAAGCAGCAAAAAAUUUGGCUAAACGUGGUGCGAGAAUAAUACUUGCAAGUCGGAAUGUAACUAAAUUAAUUAGAGCAAGAGAUUCAAUUGAACAUAUCACGGGUAAUAGCAACAUUACAUACAGAAGAUUAGACUUGGCAUCAUUGGAUUCAGUUAGAAACUUCACGACUGCAACACUGCAAAGUGAACAUAGAUUAGACGUUUUGAUCAACAAUGCAGGAGCUCUCGGACUACCAGAUCGUCUAACAGACGACGGACUCAAUCUCACUAUGCAAGUCAACUAUUUCGGCGCAUUUCUACUUACCUAUCUAUUGCUGCCUUUGUUGAGAUCCUCAGCUCCGAGUCGAAUCAUUAACAGUUCAGCGUCAUCAAUGUAUAUUGGACACAUAGAAUUUGAUCAUUGGAAUAACAUCAAUCGUUAUUCUGAUGUAGAAAUCCUAGCGAAUUCUAAGCUCGCAGUUUCCCUGAUGACUGCUGAGUUAACUAGACGUUUAAAAGGAACUGGUGUUACAGCAAAUACGUUUGAUCCAUUUGUUGUAAGAGAUACGGAAAUAUUGAAUAAUUUACCUGAGUUAACCCGUAAUAUUUCUAAAUUGUUUGUGAACAUGGUCGGACAGGAUAAAGAAGAUGUUGGCCAACAGAUAGCGUAUUUAGCAGCCGAUGUUAGUUUAGAAAGUACAAGUGGAGUGCAUUAUAAGUUUUGUAAGGAAUGGAUCAACCACUGGUUGGUCAGUGACCGAAAAUUAACAAGGAAAUUGUGGCAGGAAUCAAAAAGAGUUGUUAAAAUUACUGCUGCGGAAGAUUGGGAAGAAAAUAUAGUGUAG